AUGAACCCAUCGAUGAGGAGCGCAAGGCGUGAUAGGUCACCGAGAGUGGUGGUGGCGCUCACAGAGAGAGCGAAGCAGAGACACACAGCGCGAUUGCUGGGCCGCAGCAACGAGCUCCUCCAGGCGACCCGAGCUUUCUCGGUGUGGGUGGCCGCCAUCCGGGAGCGCAGGCUACAGACUCACUUGAAACGGUGCUCUACGAUGCUGAAGUACCACUCCCUUCGUCAGGGGUACUCUCGGUAUUUCAUGCAGUGGCUUGCCUUUACGCAAACGCGAACCUCUGAAAGCAUGCGAUCGGCCAUUCGCCUGCGUCAAGAUGUGCCGCUGCGGUCUAAGGCGGACUUUCUCCACCUGGCACGUCGGUACUUCGCCAAGUGGCGCUUAAAGCUGCGGGAGCGCAAUCAGCGCACCGUCACCAACGUAGAACUGCUCGAAGCGCUCAACAAGGAGCGACUGCGCAGCCGCAUGCUACUCAAGUGGUGGAGUUUCCACAACGCGCAGACAGCAAAGCACCACGCCAUCGAGAUUUUGGAGCGAGAGAACGACAUUUUGGACCUCCAGCAGGAGUUACAGAAAACAGCGCAGGCGACGAAGAGCCUGCGCAAUCAACUUGAUUCAGCCCUUCAGCAACAGUCAAGACUGCAGAACGACCUGGAGGCCACCCGCGACGACUUGGGCGCCUCGAAGCAGCAGCAUGAAACGGAGGUCAACGAGCUGCGUGAGGCGAUGCGGCAAGCGGUGAAACUGAUGGAGGGGUCCUCAAGUCUGCGUUUGCACUCGCUGCAAGAGUGGGACCCCACUGCAGCAAACCCUUGCAGCACGUCAGGUGCCUCAACCCCACUGCCGUCACUACUGCAGUCUUCCAAAAAACUGCUGGAGAGUGCCCGACAGUCAAAACACACCGCCGAGACCCUACUGCACGCGGUGGGUGACACACUCGCAUCCCUCACAUUGGUAGCCAAAAUGCCCACGCCACCCGCAUCGCUCAAAGAGUGCGUCGCGCACCUGGGCAAUCGACUCAGUGAAGAAGCAAGGGAAGCUGCCACCAUCAAGGCACAGCGCGAUGAGCUAGCGUUGGCAGCCCAAACUACGCGUGCCACCCUGGCAGCGGCAUCUCCGCUGCUGCGAGUGGACUCCGCAGCUGAUUCCGGCGGGGAAUCGAGCCGCGAGCCGUCGCUGAUAACCUCACCCACUCGGUGUGGGUUCAACAUAUCGGGCCGACAGUCUGCGCUUCGCAUCAGUGGCGGUGGUCGGCGCUCCGGCGCGCCGGCUGUGACCUUUGGCCACUCCUCGUCCGCGGCCUCGGUGGUGGACGGGGCGGCGCCGUCAUUGAGUAGCCGCUCCGCCUCGCCGGCGGAGAGAUCCCUCAUCGACUUUCAGAAGUUGUCACGGCUACUCAUAGAAGAUGCCAAGGCUGUAGUUGGAGCCAUGCAAGUGGUGCACCAAGACGGUAGGCGAUCCACGAACGAGGUGAAAGACUUGCAGGAUGCUGCUCUUCGCGCGAUCGACGCGCUCGGCGGCCGCGGUGCCACCAACACCGACUUCAUGGAGAAGCCGCAGGAGUCUGAUGAAGACCGUGCCAGCCGUUCAGCCAACAUCGCGGACUCUCUGCGCAACCUCUGCGAGGACAUGGUUGUGGUACUAGUGCUUACGUCGCUGUGGUCCGGCAAAGGCGCGUCGGAGCGGGUGAGCGAGGCACUGGAGCGGCUGUGGCACCGCACACAAGAUUUGGAGGCUGCCCAUGCCGACUAUCGACAGCAGCUUGAGCAGUACGCCAUGGUGGUGCACACCACCGUUGCCAUUCUGCGACCCCCUCCUGCGAUCCAGCAGUUGACCAUGAGUCAGAGGACUGCGGCACUGUUGGCGCGAAGGCGGACCAGCGCGCCUCCGGACGACGCCAUGGCUACGCCUGAGCAAGUCGAUGUAGCACGCCGUAUCGCCGAGAAGCUGGCGGAUAAGGGGGAUCGAAGGCCUACAGAACUUCUAGAGCUGUGCCUGCAAGCUCAGCAACGAGCAGCAGCGGAGCAGUCUAGCGUGCCGGAGAAUGAGUUAGAUGGGCUUGUGAAGAGUGCGCACGAAAUCAUAGCAGUUGUUGUGGGCAAGACCCAUAGUAGGGAGCUAGGAGUUGAGCUUUCUCUGGAGUCAGCGUUGCAGAGAAGCCGCCUCAGUAGGUCUGCCGCGCCACCAGAGACGUCCGACUCAGCAGUGGAAGCUGAGGUGUCACAGAGCAGAUCCGUAGACCCUCCAACAGCAAAGGUGGUGGCAACAACUCUGAAGGCUGUGGCUGCGGUAGCCGCCGAGACGCUUAGGAGAACUGACGGGGUUGCCGAUAGCUCCCUCCUCGACGCCUUGGCGUGUUCGUGGGAGCAGGUGGACCAGCUUCAAGAGCAACUGAAGGCCCUCGCAGCCUCGGAGCAGCGAAACGCAGAGGGGAAAAAGCGGCUACAGAUGGAGCUGAAGGAGGCGGUGCAACAAAGCAAAGCCAGCGAGAACAUUUUCAAGCAGCAUCUCGAUGAUCUCGAAAAGGCCCGCGGCGCCGCCGAGAGGGAUCUGCACCAGCAGGUGAAAGCACUGCAGCGUGAGGCAGCUCAGAGAGCUCAGGACUGCAAGAAGCUGGAGGUGGAACUAGAGGGACUGGAGGAGGACAACAGGGCGAAGGAUUUGGCGCUGCAUGCACAGACGGAGGCACUGGAGAAGGAGCGGCGCGAGCACGCCGAGAGAAUACGCAGAUUACGUGAAGAGAUAGGGAGCCUGCAAAGUCAGCUAGCCGCGGCCGAGGUAGAAAAUUCGUUGAGUGGCGAAGCAAAUAAGGUAUUGCACCGGCGCCUCGUGGACCAGCAGCGGAAACAGUUGAAUUAUGAUGCCGCCGUCGUUGAGUUUGAGGGGAAACUUCGUUUCGCGCACGAGACCAUCGAGACGGCUGCUGCUGCACGCCAAGAGUUGACGGCCCAGCUGUUAGCUGUUGAAGAGGAGAAUCGCACAAACAUCGCCAUCGGUGUGUUUCUGCGCGAUGUACUGCGGGACUGCUUGACGCGUCUUCAUCACAUGACUCGUAAUUUGGGUGAUACAGCAGCGUCGGAACCGUCGCCGAGAGCAUCGCUCACACUUCAAGAGGCACACGAAAGGCCUCCACCGAUACUGACCUGCGACAGCAACCCGUCCGAGUACGUGGAGUACAUAUUGCAACUGGACGGCAACAACUCUACUGGGAAGCAGCUGGUUCAGGAACACCUGCGCGAGAACGUGGUACUGCAUGGGUUGCGGGCACUCUGCGUAGAUGGAGGUGCAGCAGGCACAUCUGAAGCAGAGUCGAGAGCAGCGUCUGCAGGUCGCAGCGUCAGUUUCGACGAUGCCGACCCAUCCACCUGGGAGGUUGUGGCAGAGCUGCACGAUCGCUUUGUCCUCCUGUACGACCGCAUCGCUCAGAUGGACAAAAGUGCAGCGGAGCAGCGCGCGCAUCUUGAUGCACUCACCGCUGUCAAGGACCAGCUGACAGCAGACAUGUUGGCGGGGCUUGUUGAGCUUCAGCCGUGGUCGUCUGUCGCUGCGGUUGCUUCACAGGAAGAGCACCACACAGCACUGAACCCGGGCGCAAACGGCGCUGGUUCGCCCCCUCACACCCCAGCCUUGCGGGCAGCCUGUGCGGAGGUGGCGCAGGCGCUGGAGGCGAUGCAGAAAGUGGCGGCUCUCGCGCAACCGCUCAUGGAAAUGCGUUCUUCCGGAUCGCCGCCCCGUCGCGCAAAUAUUAGCGGGCCUCUAAACAUUCCAGGCACUGACGCGGCUGCAACGAAGCGGCUGCUGUCGCUGGUGGCAGAUGUGCAGGACAUGGCGGACUGCCUGCAGCACCUGUCGGAGUCCGUCAUACACGGCAUCCUCGCCCUUGGCGGCACGCCCGAUGAGGCGGCACUAAACACGACGAACGGCAUGGCGCACCCACACAACGCGAGUUCGCCCAUGGCCACCGCAGCGACGAAUGGCGGUGCAGCCAAGCACCACUCACAGACUGGGGUACAGUCCGGGUGUGUAGACAGUCACCUACUCGCCGCCCGUCUGGAGGCAAUAUGCAAGGAGACGGGCACGUCAGUGCAGGAAGUGAAGCAGCUGAUGGACGCUGUGGAUGGUGCGAACAAUGCCUCCUCCGCAAGCUCGAUGCCGGGGAGCAGCAGGAUGGUAAGGCUGAGUGACAUGCUGCCAUUCAUUCGCUCCAAGAUGCAGGAGUUGCAAGCGGUGAAGCGGGAAUCGGAGCAGAUGCUGACCGGGCUGGACCGCGCCUUUAAAGAUGACGACGAUGACUCCAUCUCCACCUCAAUGUCCUCGACCCAGCGCUCGCUGAAGCCGAAGCAAAAACCGCUCCCCGCCUUUCAGGGUACCCCGGAGUCAGGACUGUGUCUCAUGCAGCAGGAAAUGAAGAGCUGUAGGAAGAAGGCAUCGCGGCGCCCUGGCGACUUCGCCAGCGUGCUACAGGACACCAAGGCCACUGUGCGGGAGCGCAUCGGCGACUUGCAAAGCCUGUGUCUCGCGUCUCGCUCCAUCCUGCAAGUUCUGGAAGGCCGCUUUCUCAAGGAUGACAAGGCGGAGCAGCCACCCAGGUAUGGGGAGGCGCUGGUGGCCUUGCUGACUACACAGAUCGAGGAUCUCAAGCAGGCGCUGCCAGAGACAGAGGAGGCGCUCGCGGGCUACCGCAGCAGUCUUCUUAACGUCACCGUCGGCACGCGGCUGCACCUGCUGUGCAGCGUGGUUUGCUCUCUGAAGCUGGAGCGCGACUCGCUAAAAGAAGACCUGGCUCGCCACGGGCGGCAGGGCAAUAUGCUGUUAAAUGAUUUCAGCAAAGAGGCCAAGUUGCUUCGCGCCGAGAUUGCCCGACUCCAGGAAGAGCAGGAACGCCUCGCGAGGGCAAAGGCCAGCGCAUCUGACGAGGUCGAGGCUCAGAAGCGUAACGUGGCGGAGUUGGCGGCGACGCUGACGUCGUUUCAGCUGGAGCGCAACGUGCUGUGUGAGGCCCUCGCGCACAGCCUGCGCGGCCUACCAGGUACGCCAUACCGACGCGUUCCUCUCGCCAGUGUGCAGGAGAAUCUGCUCGCUGCCUUGACGAAAGAACAGGGAAAGCCGCUGACGGUAUACGUGGAGGCAGCCCUUCGAAGUUCCGACGCACACCAGCAGCGCCUGCAGGGCAUCCUUCACGGCUCUCUCGGUGAACUGCGCUGCGGCAUGGCGGUGCUGCGUACGCAGGUAGAGAACUGCUGGGACCUCUACGGCCGACCUAUGGCGAACGCAGCGGCGCAGCAGUUUAUGGAGGCGACGGAGGUGUUGGCGCUGGAGAACAACAUGUUACGUCCGCGUGCAAUUGAGCGGGAGAAGCUGAUGCGCGGCAAGGCGGAGCUGGAGGCCGCGCUGGCUGAUGCUGAAGAAGCUCGUGCGGAUGUCGUUGCUCGUCUGGAACGCGCCGAUGAUGAAAACACGCAGCUGCGGAGAGCAUUGCGGGAUGCGCAGAUGGCGCAGGCACUCACAAACGGUGAUGACAACGAGGAGGACAAGAAUAAAUGGAACCAAAGAAGUGGAAAGCUGCUGAGAGCGCACUCAGUAGAGUGGGAGCGCCGCAUGAUCGAUGGCGCUACGGAGCUGACGAUGAACGCGGUCAACUCAAUGAGCGGCACCUCCAUGUCGGCUGUCUUUGGUUCCGUUGUGGAGGAGACGCUGCGCAUCUAUGCGGGUGUGCGACGCAGUGUGCAGGGGAUAGAGGCGGCCUACGUGGCAUCGCGCGGCAAGGACGAACACCACGUGCAGACGGAGGUGGAGCAGCGACUGCAGGAACUGCGUACGCUCUCCGAAUCCGCCAACUACCUUUCGGCGCGUCUACCUGUACUGUAUCGUGAGCCGUAUCCGUGA